AUGGCUCCAUCUACUAAGGCUGCUGCUGCUAAAAAGGCUGUUGUCAAGGGUACUAACGGUAAGAAGGCUUUGAAGGUCAGAAGCUCUGCCACCUUUAGAUUGCCAAAGACCUUGAAGUUGGCCAGAACUCCAAAGUACGCCUCCAAGUCUGUCCCACACUACACCAGAUUAGAUGCUUACAAGGUUAUUGAAAAACCAGUGAACUCUGAAACUGCCAUGAAGAAGGUUGAAGAUGGUAACACUUUGGUAUUCCAGGUCUCCUUGAAGGCUAAUAAGCACCAGAUCAAGAAUGCUAUCAAGGAACUAUACGAAGUCGACGUUUUGUCGGUUAACACUUUGGUUAGACCAAAUGGUACCAAGAAGGCUUACGUCAGAUUGACUAAGGACCACGAUGCUUUGGACAUUGCCAACAGAAUUGGUUACAUCUAA